AUGGGUAGUGGCGUGCAUAUCAGUAUUGUUAUAGUAACGUCUGGACGUGGCAAGCAGGGUGGCAAGGCACGUACUAAGGCCAAAUCUCGUUCGUCCAGAGCCGGCCUGCAGUUCCCUGUGGGCCGAGUCCACCACCUUCUCCGCAAGGGCAAUUACAUCGAGCGGAUUGGGGCCGGCGCGCCGGUUUACCUGGCAGCGGUGCUGGAGUACCUGACGGCCGAGGUCCUGGAGCUGGCGGGCAAUGCGGCCCGUGACAACAAGAAGAUGCGCAUCAUCCCGCGUCACCUGCAGCUGGCCAUCCGUAAUGACGAAGAACUCAACAAGCUGCUGGGCGGUGUGACCAUCGCGCAAGGCGGCGUCCUACCCAACAUCCAGGCCGUGCUGCUGCCAAAGAAGACCGAGAGCCACCACCACAAGGUCCAGUGCAAGUAA